CAAAUUAUUCAAUUAGACCUAAAACAAACAGAUUAAGUAAAACAUAAUUGGAUAGAAGCAUAAAUAAAAUGAAAUAUAAUUGAUUAGCAGGUGAUCCACAAUAUUUUUGAUCAUCUUAACAUAAUGGAUUAUGUUACAUAGUAUCAGUCAUAAUCGUUCUCCAAUCAUCUCCAGAAGCACAUUUAAAUAAUGCUAACAUAGCAUUACCAAAAUUAGUGAAAUUAAUAUAAUCAUCCAUUACUUAUCCAGAAUCUAUAUUACCAUAUAAUUAACAUCCAAAUAAAGCAAAGAUUAUCAUUGUUAUAAUAAGAAUUGUGAAUAUUUUAACAAGAUAUGGAACAGCAAAAGCCAUCACUCUAAUUAGUCUUUAAAUAUUUAUUAAACCUUAAAAGAUGAGAAUUAUUCUUAAACUUCUUAAAGCAAAAAAGAGACGUAAAAUUUAAAAAUAACUAUCAUUCGGAGAUGA